UGUGUGAGGGCGCCCCGGUCCUCUCUGCCACGGCACUGGCUGCUCUGAGUGAUGACUUCUUCUUAUUCUUCUUCUUCGUCUACUGCUUUAACUGGGUUUUGGCGGUUGGCAAACAAAAUGGCGCAUCACCGCCGCCAGCUGGUACGGAGGUCGGGCCAGGACACGAAAAGGCCGUUCUGCCGGAGAGAGCCAGCCAGACCCGCCUCGGGGAGCAAGAGGAUGGAGAACAACAUGUGACCAAUCCGUGCGCCACUGUCGACAGCAUGCUUCGCCUCCUCCGGACCUUGGCCUUCUGCUUCUGGUGUGUUGUGCUACUUAACAAGCAGGCUGUGGCUGACGAAGAGGCCCUGUGGGGACCGACGGCGUCGAGCGAAAACCCACCAGAAAAAAAACAAAGCUCUUCCUGGUGGCCAAAGCUUCCUUCGCUUCCUUCGCUUCCUUCUAUUCCUUCUAUACAGUUCCGUAUCCCCUUCUACGGAAGCUCGGAGGGUAACGACAAGGCUGCUGCGCCGACCAAUACCGCCAAAGAGCUGACGGAGCCAAUCGAUCAGUUGCAAGACAACUCGGGUUCAGGCGACGGGAGCAUUUCUGAUGCCACGUUGGCUCAAGGGCUCCUCACCAGCGUGACGAAGAUAGGAACAGAAUCACUUCCCACGGGGACAUCAGAUUCUCCACACGGCAGCACAGCGCAGAGCCACAAUGACACUCUUGUUUCAGACUCCUACUCUCCCACAAGCACUUCUAUCAGAAACACUCUGUUCACCAACAGUCCCACAAGCACAGGCACCCCUGAACAAAAUGCGACACAUACCCACCCACCAUGGGGCACCGUACCGGCAGCCGGGCCCAGCAUGGGUGCCACUACACAACACCUCCCAGAGGAACGCACUGAUGGAGAAGAUUUCACAGAAAAGAGCCCGUCGACGAUAGCGCCAGAGACUACAGUUCCCACUGCCUUGACAUGGGCAGCAACCCAAACCACAACAACAAUCCCAGGACUGGUGGAGACCGCACUGACCAGCAGACCCCCUCCGAGGUCCUCAGAAACCACGUCUGACAGAACACCACAAGACUUGCCUGUUAGUGUUACCCUCCAUGCCGGAGAGGCCACCGUGACAGAAUCUCACCCCGCUCAGAGUGAGGCCGACCUGGGCUUCUCUGAGGCCAGGUCGGGGCCUGUGGAGGAACAGCCGGGGGUAAUCACCACUGCCAUGGGGAUCGAUCGCCAACUAGAAUCCAUAACAAGCACAACUGAGAGCCAAAGGGUUAACUUCCCAAUAGCAGGAGGGCGGCCAGGCAAAGAGGAUAAGGAGGAUGAGGAGGCCGAGGAGGGCGCGGCUCCUUCAGCAGACGGGGACGCCGGUUUGGCUGAUGCCUCCACGCCGUCCACUAAGCCGCUAACGCCAUCCCAGCCACGAAGCACAGGUAUUCCCCCAGAAUCUCCCCACAUUCCCCUGGAGACUGAAGACUGGAUGUCCAGCCUGACAGACAGCGACGUCACCUUCCUUCCAGACUGCAAUAAAGAGCGCUCCGGGAUCUGCAACCUCUCCGACACGUGGGAAUCCACCACCCGCUCAGACGUUAAGCCCACGCAAAACACCACUGCCAAGAACCAGUCCGUCAACCCCUUCCUGAUCCCAGCUCCGCUCAUGUUGGUGCCGCUGUACACCGACUGGAACAGUGCCAUGGCAGCUUGGGGCCUGGCCUGGGAGGCGCACGUUUAUGGGGCCGGUUGCGCCUUUGCGAUGCUAACGAUAGCAUCGGCGCUCAAUCUGCUCUGCUUGCCGCUACGAUGCCCAUCCGGAUGUGGCUACUUCGCUCUGGUCAGCCUGUUUCUGCUAGCUGCUGGUUGUACCAGAUCUUUCUCGCUCCUGUAUGACGCCUACGGCCACCAGGACCGUUUACCUUCCACAGAGGCCUCGCUGAUGCUCUACGAAGCGCCAUUUCCCUGCUUGACUGCAGCGUUCGGUCUGGUUUUCCUCCUCCUCUCCAUGCGCUCAAGGAUGCAGCUCUCCUACUCAGCCUUCCAAAGACCCUGUUUCCUGGCCUGCCUGGUUUUCCUGCACUUUGCCGCUGCAUUCGGACCGGUGACGUUACUGAAGUUUUACCAGCAGAAGCCUCCCCUUUGCCUCUUUCUUUCUCUCAUCUCCCGUGGAGCCUUCGUAGCACUGGCCACGUUUCUCUCUACUGCCUAUUUUGUAUUCUACAUCUACGUGCGGGCGGAUUCCAAGCACAUCUACCACCUGAACAACACGUCUCCAACGCCUGCUGAGCGCUACAACCGCUGCCCUUUCGCAGAGAGCCGCGACUGGGACCGUGCAGCCGUGACCGUUUGUCUUUCGGCAUUGUUUUCCUUAGCAUGUGCAGGACUGCAGUUGUAUGCAAUUCUCAAUGCUAUGGGUGUUGCUGGUGGAGAGGAGGUCUUCCACCCUUGGCCCUGGUGGAGUUUUCAGUUCAGCUGCCGACUGUGUGAGCUCGGCGUUUGUCUCACUUUAGCCUUGGUGGUCUCACAACCCGUCUACUGUUCGGACCACCUCCCAGAUGCAGGGAGCUGCUGGACGGAGCUCUUGGCCUCCAAGUCCCCCAUCCUGCCUGGGAGCUACCAGUGGUCCCUGAGCCAGCAUGAGAAGCUUGCCAUCGUCGAUACCGUUGGGCUUGGAGAGUCAGAGAGCCUUCCUCUUUACACUCUGAUGGAUGAGAGGCUCGGAAGCAGUCUGAACGGUCUGGACCUUCUCUACCACAGCAACAGGGCCUUGGCGUACCGGGACCUCGACUUGGAUUUGGACUUGCAUGGUUCAGAGAAGCCAGGGGAUGGAGGAGGCGAAGAGCCCUCGGGUGGAUCCUCAUUUACAAGCGACUCCACCACAGACCUGCGGCCACCUUCGCCCAUCAACCUCCGCCGCAGCAUAGACGAGGCACUCUUCAGUGAGGCCCUCUUUCCCAUGAGCCUCUUCAGUCCUUCAAGGCCGAUUCGCUGCAGUGAUCUAUCCAUAAACAACCACUGUGCACUUCCCAGCAACGGCCUCUGUGAUCCUCUCUCAGCUGACCCUGGCCUCUAUCGGACCUCUUCCUGCGUGGAGAUGGACUCUAAACCCCAGCCCCCUUACACCCAAAAUCAACGAGACACUGUUGAAGGUGCUCCGCCAUCUCCCUCCCUGUCCUCAUCCUCGAGUUGUUCAUCUCCUGAACGUUGGAGGGGAAGCUCUUCCUCCUGUUCCCUCUACCGAGCCUCCCUCGGAGGCUCUUCGCUGGUCCUCUGCCCGAGUCCAGAGAGACAAGCCCGCCAGCUUCUCCAGCAAGGCGGGGUGGGCAACCUGCCGUCCUCUGGCCAAGCUGAGCCACAGCGGCUUUAUCAAACACUGGGCGCAGCCUCACAGGAGAGCCUGGAUCUAGACAUGUCGUCUGAGGCGGACCGAUCCGUGCAGGAGGAGUUCAUCAGUGUUUGCAGACAAAUCGACGCUUUGAGCAUCUGCAGUGAGACUAUUGAUUUAUAAAGGACAGACAGGUCAAACGAGGGUUCACGGAGGACGUAUUGAGGAGGAUUUCUGCUUUGUGUGGCACGUACGGCCCAUUGGGUAAGGCAAGAGGGGUUUUGUGUACACGAUAGCUGCCAAAAUCAAGUUUUUGGAGGUUUGAUGAGCUUUUCUUGAAUGUCUUUGAGGGUCUAAGUGCCAAGAAUGUCAAAAGCCAAAAGGUAAUUUGUAACUUUUACAUGUUUGAUAAAGGCUGGUAAAGUUUGAUAUAGUCAAAAGAAUAGUGACAUUUUACUGAGUGGAAAAAUAACAGGAAAUUAUUUGUACAAAUGUUUUUAUUGCAUUCAAACAUUCCAAUAGAUAGUACUGUGACUGAACUAAGCACUUAUUAAAUACUACUGAAGUCUUUCUCACCCUUUCAGCUCCAAAUAUCGUCGUUAAAUCCCAUUUUGAGCAAACGCAGACUAGAAUUAUGUUUGUCGAGCUAUAAACUCUUCAUAUCAACAUGCCUCACAUCUUAAACUUGCAGUUACAGUGCGGCAGUGCCCUCUACUGGUCAAACGCACACUAUGUUACCUUUAUCCUCAGAUGUUUAUCACCAAUGGAUUGUGCUUCUACUUACACUGAGAGCAUCUUCUAUGACCAGCUUACUAAUUUAUUUAUGUUCAAGCAUAACUGUGCUCAACACAUUCUUUAAUAAAGUUUGUUUUAUAACA